GAUGGUCGUUUGAGUCCCGGUGACUAAAUCAUUGAGGUUGACGGCGAAUCCUUGGUUGGGAUAGAACAAGAGGAUGCUGUGAAGAUUUUAAUAAAAUGUGGCUCCAUCGUGAAUUUGACAAUUGCAAAAGGAGCUGCAGAGCGUCAUGGUGUCGUGAAGAUAUUGAACGAUGUUGAAUCUGUCCAGAAAUAUGCUGAAAAAAAGACAACCUCUCCAAUCCCACUACCGCGAUUGCGUCCUCAACAGGAUGGUGGUCAGCGAUCUCCUCCUAACAACACAAGCGUCAAAACUCAACAGGAUGGUGGUCAGCGAUCUCCUCCUCUCAACGCAAGCGUCCAAACAUUUGAAGAUCCAAAUACACUAGGAAAACCUUUUAAACCUGAACCAAAUAGACGAAUUCCAUACGAGAGAAACUCGUUAGACAAUCCUGAUCACAAAGCUUCUUCAAUGGCUGCGAAAGUGGAAUAUAAGUUCGAGAGUCCACCUACUGGUCGUAAACCUCCACUUGGGAAACCUGGUGUGCCAUAUGCCAAUCCUUUAGAAAUACAACAGAGACAAGAGCAACUGAGGAUUGAAAGGGAACGACAAGAACAACUGAGGAUUGAAAGGGAACGACAACAGCAACUGAAGAUUGAAAGGGAACGACAAGAACAACUGACGAUUGAAAAGGAACGACAAGAAAAACAGAGGAUUGAGAGGGAACGACAAGAAAAACAGAGGAUUGAAAGGGAACGACAAGAUCAACAGAGGAUUGAAAGGGAACGACAAGAACAACAGAAGAUUGAAAGGGAACGACAAGACCAACAGAGGAUUGAAAGGGAACGACAAGAAAAACAGAGGAUUGAAUGGGAACGACAGGAACAACAGCGGAUUGAAAGAGAACGACGUGAGCAAGAACGUCUGAGAAUGUUGGAGGAAAAACAGGAACGAGAGAAGAUUGAGAGAAAUCGACAGGAUCGUAUGCGGAUUGAAAGAGAACAAGAACGCGCAAGGAUUGAACGAGAAAAUGAGCAAGCCCAUGAACAAUCGAAAAUGUCCGAGUUGGACGAAAUGACUCGUCGCGAACGAGAGCUUGAAUUGCUGUUGGAAGAAAAACGACGCGAAAAAGCAAGACGCCUUCAAGAACUUCAAAGACAGAUCCAGGAGGAAGAGGAAAGAGCGUUGAAAGAAGAGCAAGAGUUAAGAGAACGUCUCAAAAAAGAAAGAGAAGAGAGAAAAGAACCACAAAAAACACAGCGACCAUCGGAUGUUGGUACAACGAAAAUGAACAGAUAUCAAGAUGAUUCUACUUCAAGAGUGAUGAAUAGACCCAUUGACGUUGAACCAUCACAAAGAAAUCCCAGACCAUCCAACACCCAAGUACAUUAUGUGCUACUUAAUGAUGAUAAUAGUACACAAAGAUCCAAUCGACUCCCCAGAGCGCCCACACCUGCUGAGGUCAAACGAGUUGGUUCACAGCCAGCUUAUGGUAAAAUACCAACCUCUCCUAUUAUGGAUGGUAGAAGCAGUGAUGUCCGUGUUGGUAGACCUGGGGACAACAACAAAGGAGGACCAAUGACGGCUGAAGAUAACAAGAGCACGUCGUCGUCGUCAAAGCGAUCGUUUCCACCCAAUCAGAAGCGUUUCUCACCACAAAAUAGCCAGGAUGAUUCAUUGGAUAUUGAUCCUGCGGAAAUUGAAAGGCAAUUUCAAGAACGUUUGGCAAAAGAAGCAAACAGUAAGAAUGGAACGGACAGCGUCGAUGGAGGAAUGGUACGAGUCAUUCGGGUACCUGUUCAACAAGAAAACUGGGAAAAGCCGGUUGACGAUAAACCGCGCGCCCGCGUGGACUGGCAACGAUCAGAAGAGGAGAAAAACCGCAGGGAACAACAAUGGCGUCGUGAAGCAGAUGAGCAACUUGUUCGUGAUUUUCAGCAAAACGAAUCUUUUAGACAAAGUGUGAGCACUGUUGCCGAGCCUGUACAUGUGAAUCCAGUAGACAGGGAGAAAGAAGAAGAACUUCGGAGACAACGAGAAGAAGACGACCGUCUCCGAGAAGCAAGAGCCAAUCAGCUGCGAAAUCGUAUUAUUGAAGGUCCUGACGAUGAUGGUCUUGAUUCGUCGUACACCAACGGACGAACCCGUCGUGUGAAGUUCGCCAGUGUUCGCACCGAGAUCGUCCAACCAUCGCCUGACGCUGAGCUCGCAACAUCUGGAGUGAAAUUUGUUCACGAUGGGAAGGUUGAAGAUAGUGAUGAUGACGGUAGUGAAGAAUUUCCUUUGCCUCCACCUCCCGCGGAUAAAGACAACAAUUUCUCGCCCCUACCUCAAAAUCAGGUUGACUAUUACCAGAGACCUCCACCUCCACCCAAGCCUCAAUUUUUGGUCAACAAUGGCAGUGGCCCCCCAGCGGAAUAUAAAGGCGCUCCUAACUCGACAGUCUACAGAGACAAUGGUCAUGUAGCCCGCGCACGGGAUAGAAUGAGUGAUAAUGGGUAUGCGACUUACCCAGGUCCCGCUCGCCUGCAGAAUAACAACAUUCAUCCAGUACCUAAACCUAGAAGUUUGUCCAACGACAUGGGGAAAUCCCCAAAUCCAGAAACCUCUUUCAAAGACAAAGUGAAAAUGCUAAAUGAAAAUCUGGCAAUCAAGCGACCCGAUGGAUCACAAAUGGCACAAAACUGGAUCAACAGGGACUCCUUAUGAAAAUGACAUUAUAGUUAAGUUUUUAUCAAGAGUCGUAUUUGUUGAUAUUUCUCUUUAGAAUUAUCACAACAGUGGCUUGGUGUCUGAUAUUGCGCAACAUUGAAAAUUAUUUAGUGGAACGGUGAUGUUUUAGUGAAGACUGAUUUGGUCUUCCCGUGACAUUACACCAGAAAUCCAAAGCACUGUCCGCUUUCUGGUAACAAAUCAUUCAUUUUAUUCUUAUUGGUUCUAUAUUUGAUCAAACGUUCAAUUAGUAACAGUUUUAGAGCUAUCUCUUUAGAAACAACUGAAGGUUCACAAAUUUCCAUAAACUUUUUCAAUGAAGUCUAUGAACAACUCGAAAAUGUUCACCAAAAUAUCGUCGUUUUUUUCACUGAAAAACAACGUCAUCUUCUAGUAAUUAUUAACUUUUUAAAACAUCUCGAAAAAUGCAGAGAAUUGAUAUUUUUACUUCAUUUGACAGAAAGGUUUAAAGGAAUAGAUUUAGCUAUAAGAAAUCCAACUUUGAUUAUUUCUAUUAAUGUUAUACAUAACACGUAUAGUUGAAAAGGUCUUCAUAUAUGAGGUUCGUACGAAAUAAACAUUGUAUCUUGCAAGCCUUCUUAUAUGAAGUUCCAUCGUAGGGAAAUAUUUAGGCUUUUAUUGUAACCAGUAGUUAGCACAAAUCGAUUUUUUGAACUUUUUCUUAAGUAUAAACGUUAGGGACAUAAAAAUACAAGUCAGCCAAUCGUUUCGAUGGACUUCUUGCGUCAGGAAAAGUUUGGAAACAAUUAUUUACUUGUUUGCCCCAUUUAUGUAAGACAAAAUGCUACAUCGAAGUACGGAGGAUGUGUAAAGCAAACUGACGUUGGUUUUUUUGAAACUUGGCUGACAUGCAUUAUAUCGAUAAUAUAUCAUACACGAACAAUGAGAAUUGUAUAUAGUUUAUAUACGUGUAUAUUGUAAUAACAAGAGUAUUUCUUUAGACCAAA